UAACCUUUUAUAACCGCUCUAAGCCUCAGCUUCCUCCACCUGUAAAAUGGGGACAGUAAAAGGACCUAGUUCCUCUGGUCGUGGCGAGGAUUAAACGCGAUGACCUAUUUCUACAAAAUGCUCAGGGCGCGUACGCCAUAAACGUGGAGAGUUAUUAUUAUCGUUUCCUGCAGGAGCAGCCGGCGCUUGGGGCCACCAUGAACUGGAUGAUCUUCGAGGGGCUCCUGAGCGGGGUCAACAAAUACUCCACAGCCUUUGGGCGCAUCUGGCUGUCCCUGGUCUUCAUCUUCCGUGUGCUGGUGUACCUGGUGACGGCCGAGCUCGUGUGGAGUGACGACCACAAGGACUUCAACUGCAACACCCGCCAGCCCGGGUGCUCCAACGUCUGCUACGACGAGUUCUUCCCCGUGUCCCACGUGCGCCUCUGGGCCCUGCAGCUCAUCCUGGUCACGUGCCCCUCGCUGCUGGUGGUCAUGCACGUGGCCUACCGCAAGGCUCGGGAGAAGAGGCACCGAGAGGCCACUGGGGAGGGCGGCGGGCACCUCCACCUGGACCCCGGCAAGAAGCGGGGUGGACUCUGGUGGACGUACAUCUGCAGCCUGGUGCUCAAGGCCAGCAUAGACGCCACCUUCCUCUACGUGUUCCACUUGUUCUACCCCAGAUAUACCCUCCCUCGUGUGGUCAAGUGCCACGCAGAUCCGUGUGGCAAUGUAGUGGACUGCUUCAUCUCCAAGCCCUCGGAGAAGAACAUCUUCACCCUCUUCAUGGUGGUCACGGCCGCCAUCUGCAUCCUGCUCAACCUCGUGGAGCUGGCCUACCUGGUGGGCAAGAGGUGCCUCGAGUGCCUGGCGGCUAGAAGAGCCCAAGCGGCGUGGACAGGGCGCCACCCACACGGCAAGCAGGAAGACCUCCUCUCAGGCGACCUCAUCUGUCUGGACUCAGACGCUCACCCUCCUCUCGUACCAGCUCCCCCUUGAGACUACCUAAAGAAAACCAUCCUGUGAGGGGAGGCCUGCACUGGGUGAGGCCUGGGUUAGAAGGUUCCAGAAUCUCUCACAGGUGCCACCUGGGAGAGGGGGCGCUAAGCCGUGAGGAAAGGGCAGGCAAGAGGCCUGGGACCCGAGUCCUACUCCUCGGCUGCAGCCGCCUGCCCCAGCAUGUGGCCUCGGACGAGUUACCCCCCUGCUCUGCGCCUCGGUUUCCUUGUCUGUAAAACGGAGACACUGAGUGCCACUUCUCAGCGUUGUUGUGAAGAGGAGUUCAUGAGAGAACAGGUGUGCAAGCACAUCCAGUGUGUGGCCCACCGUCAGGGCUUAAUUAAAGCAUUCGCUGAUUCCAGGUGCCCUUUGGUCGCUUGGCCUUUGUGACUCUUCUCAGUUCGUGUCGAUCUCCCUGUCCCUGCAAAGGGCUGUCCUUGAUCCAGCCAGAUGAGGGGCCACCCUCUCCUCCAGAAAGGGGCCCCCCAGCACUCCUGGGGACCCUGCUACUUGCUCAUGCUCAAGUCUAGCCUUUAUCCCCCGUUGCCAGUUCAGGCCUGUGGGUCACCUGCAAAGAGAAUGGAGCUCAGCCCGUGGGGAGCCGUAUAUUGCAGAGGGAAGUUCGUGGGCUCUGG